AGCAGGGGAGCAGCAGCCGCCGGAGGGACAGAAGCCCCCUCCCCUUUCCCUUUCCCUUUCCCUUUCCCUUUCCCUUUCCCUUACCCGUUCCCUUUUCCCCUUUCUUUUCCCUGCCGGCGCCAUGCCCCGCAUAGAGACCGAUCUCAAACUGGACUUUAAAGGUGUCCUGCUCAGACCCAAAAGGAGCAGCCUCAAAAGCCGGGCCGAGGUGGAUUUGGAGUGUAGCUACACGUUUCGCAACUCCAAGCAGAGUUGGAUCCCCAUCAUCGUGGCAAACAUGGAAAUGGUUGGCACAUUUGAGAUGGCAGCAAUGAUGACACAUCAUGCCAUGUUCACUGCGAUUCACAAGCAUUACUCGCUGGAAGACUGGAAGACUUUUGCCAGCGAUCAUCCAGAAUGUUUAGAGCAUGUAGCUGUGAGCUCCAGCAGUGGUCAGAGUGACAUGGAAUGGAUGGAACGGACGAGCAGUGUCUUGGAAGCCAUCCCUGACAUUAAGUACAUUUGCCUGGAUAUCGCCAGUGGCUAUUCGGAGCACUUUGUGGCAUUUGUAAAAGAGGUCUGGGUAAAAUUCCCCAGCCACACCAUCAUGGCAGGUAAUGUGGUGACAGGAGAGAUGGUAGAGGAACUCAUUCUGUCUGGAGCUGACAUCAUCAAAGUGGGAAUUGGACCAGGUUCUGUGUGCACUACCCGCCACAAGACUGGCGUGGGCUACCCUCAGCUCAGCGCUGUGAUCGAGUGCGCCGACUCCACCCAUGGCCUCAAGGGCCACAUCAUUUCGAAGAGGAAGAAGAGAUCCCAUCUCGACGACUGAGUCAAAGAAAGAUUCCGGGGAAUCCUCUCGUCAAAGCCUGCAGGGCUACCAUCUCUCCUCCGAGCAUUACGGACACGGCCUGCCGGUAGACAUUCUCCCUAACUGUGAAAGCAUACUCUCAUUCUCACGAGAACUUGAGCAGAUGACACAUGCCACUGACACCGAGUGAAAUGAUAGGGUGCAGCCUCUGUACUGGAGGAUUGGGUGCACGUCUACAAACCCCCGACCCCCUCCCCCCCCCCACCAAUGUAAUAGGCAGCUCGGGAACAGCUCCCUAACAUUUGACCACUCUAUGAGUAUUUCACUCCCAAUGGCCACCCAAAGACAGGGCGAAUCACUCACACACCUAAAAAACACCGAUCACCUUCAUUUGCGGGGAUUCUACACUCCAUGCGACUCGUAUGGUGAACCGCCCAUCUCGGCUACGGGAUCGAUCUCGAGAGAAUCUCUGGCUCGCCUCUUCUACGGCCCCCUAAUGUUCAUUAGGGCCCCGAGAAUCGAGACUGUCCGUGGGUGACGCUGAAAUGCUCGGGUUGGAUCCGAUAGACAGAGAACUCGACGGAAUAACUCCACAUGAGAGAAUAGCUCUCCACGGGGCGGCCAGCUAUUUCGCACGUACCAUGAAAACACAGACCAGGUCAAUGUCCAUCCAAAACACUUUAUUUCCAAUUACAAAGGGAGGGGGUAUGGGCCGCAAAGACAACACAUCGCAUUUGCUACAUGUCUUAAACACUCCACCCACCAGACGACAACCCGUGCCACCGGGCAGCCCGUCGGGCCUACGGACGGUUCGACGCCCAGCUCGGCACGGAUGCGGGCGGGCGGACCCAAAGGAAGACGGGGACCCGAGCGUGGCGCCCGUACGUCUCGACCGACCGAGGCGACAGAGACGAGGGGCCCGGCCGGGAACCGCCACACUUCGGGCCGUUUCCGCCCGGCUAUGGCCCGCGGAGAUCUUCAUCCGGCCCGACUCGGGAGACGCUCUCGAGACGAUUGUGCCGUGUCGGCCGCGGUGGGGCUCCGAGGUCACAUCGGAAGGGACGUCCGGGGGAGCGACCCGGGGCCCCGGGUAGGGCGGCCCUACGGUCUCUGGACCCGAUUCGGAGUCGGACCCGCGGGUGGAAGGACGGAGUCGCUCGGGGAGCCGUACCCACAGACGUGCGUGAACCCGUGAUCUCUCUACAUAAAAACCUCGAGAUUUUGCGGGCCUCCUCCCGACUCUACCGAGCUACCCCUAGACGGCCUGGCGGAAUCGGCGUCGACGCUUCGGGAUCGAGAUCGCGAAGUGUCCGUCGGAAAUUGCCGUGGGUGUCCACGCCCAACCGUGGCCAUCCCCCGAGAAGCCUCUGGACAGUUCCCCUUUUACUGCCGUCUAACUCUCUGCCUCCCCUCCAAAGGGAUCUCCUCUGUGAAGUGACACGACCCCAACCUGUUAUGGGAGCUCCACUCGACACGAGGGAAACGGUACAGCUCACUGGGGAACCCACAGACACUAUCCUUGGGAGAGGGACAGCUCGCAUUUCCGGCGUGAAGACCAAGAUACCCACGCCGUCCGAUAUGCAAAGGCCGAGAGGUGGACGAUCCGAACGAGGGCGCGGUCGACUCUGAGGACCGUCCGACAGCGUCGGGCGGAACACACGAUUUCCAACAGUCACCCCCUCAAGGACGAGUCCGAUCGGCCGUGCCCGUCCGGAUCCCACGUGGAAGACGUUAAUGUGCCCUUCGAGACCUUGCCCGCGCCGGUUAAGGAGAGCACAACGGUGAGACGCACAGAAUGAGCCCGAUACAUCUCUCGUCACGUGACCCCGGGCGCGACCCGCUACGGGUCCCGCCCGACAGAGGCAGAGGUGCACGGUGAGGGAGCGGUUCCCCACGGGAAACUCUCCGAUCGCCAGAGUCGAGCCGACACCCAUCGUGUCGCACUUACGUUCCUCCCCCGUCGUGGUUGCGUUCCGUCCCGUCGGGUGCCUUGUUCCGAGGCGGGGGUCUCUGGCCCGCGACGCUCAGGAUGUACUUUCGUCACGUCGGGGCGAGGGAUCCAACUCUGAGACUCUCAUCUUCCGAAGCCGCCCCUUCCCGGCUCGCCUCGUCACGUCUCUCCGUUCCGACUCGGGGGAGGUUCGGGCCGCGGCUUCGGCGGUAUCACCCUCACUAGAUCGCCUGCCCAACCGUUACGCGAUCCCGUCCUACAUGCCUUGUGACCGUACCCUCCAUCUGGUUGCAUGCUCCAAGGCUAGACCUCACGCGAUUCCAUACAAAGGUAUCCUAGGAAAAAGAAACAGACUUAGUGGACGGGACUCGGACUCCCGCCGGAUCCGAGGAUCCGUCUGUGGACGGUGUUACACGGACGUCUCGACGCGCAUCGGACUCCUUCCGGGGACAGAUCACCGCCGUCGGGAUUGCGACGCGAGAUUCAUGCCUCGGACUAUGCCCGAACGGGCACGGGGACGUGACCAAAGGCCUAAAGAACAACUGGGACCCGAUUGCCAACUUUGACCCUCUGAACGUCGGUAUGCCAAAGUCCACACGCACACUCUCGGAAUUCUCACCUCCCUCCAGAUAGCCGUCCACGACGAGACAUCAUAGGCCCAUGAGGUCGCUCGGUCCGCCGCUCCAUUUAGACGAGGAGGCUUUUCCAGGCCGGACCACCACCGUUCGACGACGACGGCGCCGAAGAUGGCACGCAUGCUCUCUGGCCGUUGCCUUUCAGAAAACAAGUUACCUUCUCUCGAGGGAUCGAGGACAGACUACGCCGGCAGAGUCGGUGGCGGGAUCCGACAUGCGGGGCAACGAUGAAGACCCAAAACCCGAAGAUAUCUUCGUGGGGAUGCCCACCAAAAAGGGCGCCGUUACAGCCUGCCCCGGAAGACGCGUCGAGCCCGGGGCCGGUGCCCUCGUCCCCUGGGGACUUUACCGCCGGGGGACUGGCGACCUCCCGGUCGGAAGGGGGACCGUUUGAAACUCAAGUCGAACGGCCAGAAGCCCCAGGGGAGUGGGCCUCCGGGUCCGGAGCGGCGGCGUCAUGACGCCGAGAACACUCCUCCGCCCAAAUGGCCCGACUCCCCCCACACGUUUCCACACCGAGGACCCCGGGAAGGUGCCGUGCAAACGGACCAUGUUGCCAGAAACGACAGCGUGGGUACUCCCGAAACCACGGCCGGGUGCCGGGGCGGCCCCGUCUCCGUCCGCGCCUCUGACGCUUAGAGGAGCCGAUACCGAGACGGCCCCUUCCGGGACUCGGUGCCAGAAAAACCGACCUGGACGGCGACGCUCCUCUGCGGGGAUGUUUGAUCCAGCCGGGGAGAUUUUGGUUUUUCAAGGUCCCGGGAAUUGUCCGCCUGUCAUCACGUGACGCUCCUUUCCAUUACAAACCUCACACUCAACCUCAUCUUUCCACCAGAAGUACCUUCCCGACAACUCGGUGAGGUGCGGGGUCUGCGGGCUGGUUUCCGCCCGGGUUCCGUGACGGAGGGUCGCUCCUACUGCUGCCGAACGUAGCUCUGAGAUAGAAUAAAGAUGAGAGAGAAAAACACGGUCACGUGUCAAUUGGCCAAACCCAAGUGUCAGUGCACCGUUUAGAACUGCAGAUUACUCAGGGUGACCCUGGAACACAACACUGACUGUGUGGCACACGCUGAAUACAGCCAGAGGAGGAACGAGCACCUAAAGCGGUAAGACGCAGUCCCUGCCCUGCACGGUCUGAGUUGGAGGGACUCCGAUUUGAUCCUCCUUUUACAGCUGAGUAGGAGGUGGCCCAGAAAACUGAGGUGACAUCUACUAAGUACUUACUGGAUGCCAUCAUAUUGACUACUAUUCUGAGAUGGAAGAGGACAACGGCGCAGCCUUGCUUGAGAGAUGACCGGCCCAGGAAUUUCCUUCCUUCCCACCUUGCAUCCGGUUGCCGGAGUGCUUCCGGUGUACCACGGACUGUUCUACAUACUCGGGAGAGUAAAGCAUUGCAAACCACA